GGAGGUCGGGGGACGCCGCUGAAACCGAAAGUGUUGGCGCUGCGGGCGGCUCGCCAAGUUCCACUCACCUUCACCUGUGCGCGCCCUGCUUGACCUAGGUGGGCGCCAGACGAGCCGUGAGACAUGAAUGGACGAGUGGACGCUUGGGUCAGGGAGGAAGAGAUCAAUCUGACCCGAGGACCCUCAGGGCUGGGCUUCAAUAUCAUCGGUGGGACAGAUCAGCAGUAUGUCUCCAACGACAGUGGCAUCUACGUCAGCCGCAUCAAAGAGAACGGGGCUGCAGCCCUGGAUGGGCGGCUCCAGGAGGGUGAUAAGAUCCUCUCGGUUAAUGGCCAAGAUCUAAAGAACCUCCUGCACCGGGAAGCUGUAGACCUCUUUCGAAAUGCAGGCUAUGCCGUUUCCCUAAAAGUGCAGCACAGGUCACAGGUGCAGAAUGGGCCAAUAGGAAAUCGAGGUGAUGGAGAACCAUCUGGGAUUUCCAUCUCCAUGAUGCUGUUGCCAGUGUUUGCCUUCACCGUGGUAGUAGCCUGGGUUUUCAUGAAAUAUCGGCCACAACUUUGAAAAGCUUGCGUUCUUCCAGUGCUCUUGAUGAAGAUACAGUUCUCCUUUCAUCCUCCCCUCCUGCCAUUCUCAUAUCUCUCCCUCUCCCUCUUUCUGCAAAGCCAACACAAGAUUUAAAGAGACUACCCCCCAGAACCUUACUGUUGAAGUUUUCCAAAUCCUCACAUUCUAGUGGGAGAGUAAAGACAUUGUUUGAAGGAAAGCUGGAAAAAAGACUUGCUCAGAACAAAUGAGGGGUUUUAGAGUUUACUAAAACCGCCAGUGGAAAUUCAGCUACAACCCAAAGAAGGAAAGAUCAUUACCAUUGUUGAUAACUUUCUUCUUGACUGGCAGAUCUCAGAGGCCAGCUGUGGUCUAUAAGAGAGAAUGUUUUCUUUUUAGUGCUCUUUCUUGAGAAGUUUUGUGGCCUUUAUUUAAUUUCAAACAACAUGCUCGGAUGGCUAUAUCAAAAGAAUGAGGAAAGCACUUUUACUUUUUUUUUUUUUUUUAAAGAAAAUAUAUGCACACAUGCCUUACAGAGUUAAAAGAGCUACUUUGGUUUCUAGGUUUCUGAUGUAAGUGAUUAAUCUCAGUUGAAUUUUAUAUGUAGUGGGGAUGAAAAAGUGAUCCCUAAAUGAGAAUGCUCAAUAAGAGUCAUUAAAACGAAAAGAAAAUUUAAGCAGUAAGUUAAAAAUUUUGGUACAGUAUUUCUUCUCAAAACAACUAUGGCAAAAUUGAGUUAAAAUACCAUUAUCUAGUAUUGGCAGAUCAGUCUUUAAAAAUAAAAAAAUUUUACACUGUAACACUGCCCUCCCGUUGUUCAUCAAUUUGCUGGAGUGGGCACCAGUAACGUCUCCAUUGUGAGACUUGUUACUGUUUUUGGCAUAUCAAAUACGCCACGGGAGCUUGCCAGGCUCUGCCAUGCAGGCGGAAUACUCUCGGUAGCUUGCCAGGGACUCUGAGAGGGGCGGAGGAGUUGAACCAGGGUUGGCCACGUGCAAGGCAAAUGCCCUACCCACUGUGCUAUCGCUCUGUCUUACAAUGCCAGUAACAUUUUAAAUAACAUCACAAUCUCUUUAUUUUUAUUUUUUGAAGUCUCUCAAGCAGCACUCAGUAGACCUUGGGGCCUCUCCCUGCAAUUCUUGGGCAACCUGGUGAUGCUCAGGUAUUUCUUGGACUGCAACUGACUAUGCUCAGAGGACCAUGUGGUGCCUGGGGUUGAACUGGGGUGGACUACAUGCAGGAUGUGCACUUUAACCCUUAUACUGUCUUUCCAGUCCCUCACAGAUCUUUUUUUAAAAAGUUAGCUGGAGAGAUUAUGCUUAGAGCUAUGGUAACUGUACUAAACAGCCCAGUGAAAAAAUUCUAAAAGAAAGAUAUAAUGCCUCUAAGGUGGCACCUGCACUCGGACUAUCUCCUUUUUGGUUUAUAGUACCAAGCAAAAUCUUAAAGAAGGAGCUACUUCCUUGCAGGAUGGAUAUGAAAUAAUCUCUGCUUCUGAUUCAGUUGGGAGGGUUUAGAUUGCUAAUUGUUUUUGAAAAGCUCUAAACAUGUUUCUGACUUUUAUUUUUGAUGGUGCCAGCAUUUGAACCCAGACCUCACACAAGCAAGACAAGUACCACUGAAACACAUCCCUGGCCCAUGACUUUUUCAUGAAUAAGCCAUUAUUCAGGGAAUGGGAAGAUAGUCUUGUUUGUUCUAAGGAAUUGAGUUGUUUGGUGCUUGUUUGAUAGGGAAACCUUCAGACAAGAAGAGAGAUGAAUGGAUAUUAGGGAAUAUCAAGGAUAUUAAUCAUUCUGUCCAUGUGAAAUGUAGGGUUGAUUUUUUUAAAACACUAAGGAAAAUUGAGCAAAGGCUAAUUUUCUGAUUUUAAGAAAAUUAUUUCCAUGUUUUAGGAAUACUGGUCAAACUAUUGGCUAUCCUGAUAGCAAAGGUAUGAGGACUUUCCCUUGAGCAACCAGUAUGACUGAUCUAGUAUCUUACAAAAAUUGCUGGGACAUUUUUAUGAAGAUUUACAUUCUAAAGACUGUUCCUGCUGUGAAGAGAACACCUAUACAUACACAUAAGAACAUUGGGGCAAUGCAAGUUGGUGUCAAAUUUAGAUUGUGGAUCUAAAAGAGAACAGUUACUGAGAAUUUGGGCACUGAAGACAGUUCUCUGGAGGAGAGUGACAAAUUAGGAUCUCUAAGAAUCUCACCUAGUUAAGAGAAUUCCUAAGUAGAUGAGAAGCUGAUAAGUACAUCAUCAAGUUAAGUAACAAUUGAAAGCAGUAAUAAAAGGAAAUAAUGCUUUUUUUAGAACCAUAGUGUAUCAGUAAGGAUGUGCUGACAGUUAUCACUUUUUUUUAAGACUGCAAAAAAAGGAAGUUGUCAUAUAAUGACAUCAGGCCACCAAAGCGGGGAGGCCUUUAAAAAUAAUUGAAGAAGAAAUGCAUGGACUGGAGAAAUAAUGGGCUGAGCACCUGGUUUGUAUGUGGGAAUGCCCAGGUUCAGUCCUGGUCCCUGAGCACUGCCAGGAAUAACCUCCAAACACAAAACUGGGAGUAACCCCCUGAAAAUGUCUAGGUAGCAAAAAAUAAAUGAAUGAAUAAACCCAGUUGAGGCUUUGCCUUGGGUCAGCUGUUCCUAUGGAGUAACUUGUUUUAAACAAUCUUUAUAAGACUUGUGCCUUUAAACCUGCACUGUCAGACUUUUCGAAGUUUAUUUAGACAGCUACACUGGUAGAUUCCACCAAGUCACACUGAGAGUAUUCCUGCUCUUACUUCAACUGGCCCCACUGCAAGGGCACAAGACUGGGUGCCCUCCCUGUCUGGAAGCAUGGGCAGCAGCUUCUGCAGUGGGCCUGCUUACUUCAUAGGAGUCACCUCAGGAUUUGAACAUUUACUUCUGAGAGAGGACCUUGACAUUUAUAAACCAGAAGGAAAGUUAUUAAGUUUUUGUUAUUAUUUGUAAAUAAAAAGAGCACCUAUUCUAUAUCCCAUCAUUGAUAAACAUUUUUCUUUGGUUGGUAACAAGGAUUCUGAUGCACUUUAACAAUUUAGAUUUACUUUAGAAUUAAAUCGCAUUGAGACAUCAGUAUAUUGGAAAUUCAGGUAGACUAUUCAGUUACAAUCUUAUUUCUGAUUUUUUAAAAACCUAUGAAUUACUAACCAUAGGUGAGGUAUUGAAUCCACUUUAGAGCAUUUAAAAUUCAUACUCUUUUGGGGCUGGAGUGAUAGCACAGCGGGUAGGGCGUUUGCCUUGCAUGUGGCCAACCCGGGUUCGAUUCCCAGCAUCCCAUAUGGUCCCCCAGCACUGCCAGGAGUAAUUCCUGAGUGUAGAGCCAGGAGUAAGCCCUGUGCAUCGCUGGGUGUGACCGGAAAAGCAAAAAAAAAAAAAAAAUCAUGCUCUUUUGAGAUGAAAUCUAAUGGAUUUUUAUCGUUUUAUAGUGUAGUUGUUACCUAAAUUACUCAGUUUUCUCUUACUUUGAGGGGUGAGGGGUUGGGCCACACCCAGCAGCGCUUGGGAGCUACUCCCAACAAGGUAUAGAGUAUUAACUCAAGGCUUCCCAUGUGCAAGACAUACACUCCAGACCCUUGAGCUGCCUUCCCAGGCCCAACUCGCCAAGUUUUAGAAAUUGUUUGAAAUUAUUUUUAAGACCACAUAUUUAAAAUCCUUCUCUAUAUUUGUUAUUCUCUAUUGUACUUCCAAUGAUAUUGCUUCAUUGUCUUUUUUUGUCAAGUUCUAAUCUGUGCUAUUUAAUAUAGUCAUGGCAUCUAGCCAUGUAUAGUGGAAAAAGCAAAUUAAUUGUGUCUGCAUUCAGUGUGGGAUGAUGUACAGAGCCCUGAUUAGUAUAGUAUUUGUUCAAGCCUCACAACUCUGAACUCUAUCAUUACAGACACUAAAAAAAAGAAAACAAGUUACUUGCCCAAGGUUUCACUGGUGGGAAUAGUAGAAUCAGAGUUUUUAAACUUAGGAAUUCAGGUACCACCAUCAGUGAUAUGCCCUUACUGGCAGUGAUUCUCUGAGGUUCUUGGACAAAGCUUCACUUCCUAAGAAUUUAUUAGAAAAGCAAAUUCUUAUUAACCCAAACCUUUGAAAUUAAAGACUUGAGUAGAACACUAGGACAUUCAGCAAUAUUUGUAUUAAUAAUUCCUCCAAAUGGCAAAUUGAUUCUAAAGUUACAGAGUCACUGCUCUGUGUGUGUGUGUGUGUGUGUGUGUGUGUGUGUGUGUGCGCGCGCGCAUUUUUUUCAGAUUCGAAUCACUUGGAGAGCUUGUAAACUCUCUGAUGUCCAACUGUGCCUACUUAGCAUCUCUGGGGGUGGGAUUUAAACAGCAGCAAAAUUAAGGUCAUCAAGCAUUUCCAGUUUACAGUAUCAGUGACCAAAAUACCAAAACUGGCAUUUAAACUUAGACACUAUUUAAAUAAUUACAUUAUAGAGAAAUUGCUCGAGUCAAAAACGAGUUCACUUGGGCCUAUUUAGAGCUCUGCUCUCUGAGAUUCUGCCAUUAGUAUAGAUGGAGACUAAGAGGAGGAGGAGGCUCUGGCGUUUGAUUUGCGCAAAGGACUGACCCACCUCCAGCAAGGUGUAUUGGUGAGUGUUUGAAUUUGUGCUUCCGUUGAAUUAGAACCAAGUCAUAGACGAUUGGAAUGAAACAGGAACCACAAAUUCUAGGAUCAGUCUAUCUUAGAUAUUAGGAAAUCAAGGUCUAGUUUGAUCAGAUUUUGGUGGGGGGGCUGAAAUGUGGAGGCGGGGUCAGCCCAUGCUGGUAGUGCUUGGGGACUACUCCAACUCUGUGUUCACACUUCACUUCUGCCAGUGCUCAGGGGACCAUGUAAGUGCCAAGAUUGAAACUUGGGCCUCCAAGCAUGCAAAGCAUGUGAUUAUCCCCUUUAUCUCUUUCUCUGGUAUAGUAAUUAGAUCAUGAGAUUCGAGACUUAGUCUAUUACAGAAGUGCCCUUUUAAUGUUUAUAUCUUGAAUGUGUCCAUCACAUCAAUGUAAAGCUUUUUACACAAAACUUUUUUUUUUUUAAAUCUAAGUCCACUUCCAAUUUCUCUAGGUCUUAAGUGAAGACCAGAAGAACUUAUUGGCAGGCUGAAAUAAUAACUACAAGCAUCAUAUUAGUUCGGUAGAUUUGAACAGAAUGAUCUGGGAGAUGGAUCUGGUGUCAAAUUCAAGCAGAUGAGCUCUUAAUAAGACUAAUUUUAAUAGUUCUAAACUAGGAAAAUAUUUGUGUUGGACUUUCUUCUUUGUAUAAAUAAGUUUUAAAUAUGCAUUUAAAAAAUGAAACAAUAUAAGGAACAUUUAGGCUUAAAGUAAGUGCCGAAGUGGAGUUUGGAGUUUCUGUGGAACCAAUAAUUUUAUUUAGUUCAUUUUAGUUGAAAUACAUCUUUGGACAGAUAAGUGUUUUUCCCUUAUUCAGCAACUGAGUGCCUACUAAGCAAUGUGCUGAAGCAAACAGACGUUUUAAACAAGAUAGUCUUACUAAAAUGAAAUAGUGUAUCAUCUGACAAUGGGCAGGGGAUGAUGACUGUGUGUUAUCUGAUGUUAAAGGUUUGUUUUUUUUUCUAACAUCAAACCUAGAAGUUGAAGAUUGAGUUUUGAAGUUCUCUACCUCUCACCUCUAAUAGUUUGGGUUGGUUACUAUCCUAGAGUAAGACACUUUGCUUUUUCUCUUUUUGCAAAUUACUUUAAGGCCUGGACUCAUCCUCCAAAAAGGCAUUUGUGAUCAAAAGAGAAUUUCUUAAGGAAUUCUGUUUUAAUUAGAGCCAGGUUUUUAACUGCCAUAGUCUUGCCAGAUUUUAUUUUUCAUACACAACUACACAAAGCACUUCAUCUCCUUACCUGAACUAAUUCUGCAGUCACCUAUAAGAACAAAUCCCUUUGUAAUCAACUACCUUACAACGAAGGCUGGAUUCUGUUCCUAAAUGUUUUAUUUUUGUUGGACUUUCUUUUUGCUGGGGAAAGGGAAGAAAAAAGGUUCUAAAGUAUAUUUUUAAAGGUCAAGUCAAUCAUUAACUGACAACUGCUUAGAAAGAACUUUGUAUUUACUGUAAUCAUUAAAUUUAUUGACCACUCAUGGGAAAAUGUGAUGAUUCCUUUUUUCCAGUUUUGCCGAUUUGCAAGUGAAAUGAGAAUUGGAUCUCAUUUUAAUUCUUUAUCUGCAAUGCUAAUUUAAAUAUGACUUUCUCAGUAUUAGAUACUAUGUACACUUUACCCUUCAGGCUAUGUUAGUUCUUACAAGGUUAUUUUUCUUAUGAACGUAAUUUUAUUUUACUUCCCUUCUACUUUGAUCCUCAUGUCACAUUGCAUGCCUGGAUAAAAAAACAGAUUCUUAGAUGAAAUAAAUGCCCUCUGGCAACUAAGAAGACAGAGGCAUAAAGCCUGUAUUUCAGGGAAUAUUGUAGAUUAAAUAUAUUAAUAAAACCAUUGAAAUAGAUGAUAUACUCUUCCUCAGCUUUGCUUUUGAUACCAUAUACAAUAGGAGAAAUAAUACUAAUUUAUGUCUAACUCAGUAUUUGCAGUUAAUAAAAAUGUAUUUAUCAAUGAAUUGUUUUGGUUUUUCUUGGGUUGGCCCACACCCAGCAGUGCUCAGGGAAUACUCCCAGCAAAGUUCGGGGAAUCAUGUAAUGUUGGGGAUCUAAUCUGGACCUCCUGCAUGCAAAAUGUUUGUUCCAACCUGUUGAGGCAUUUCCCUGGUCUGUCAAUGAACCUUUUGUUUGUUUUUGAGCCUCACCUGGAGGUGCUCUGGGCUUAUUCUUGACAGCUCAGGGAUCACUCCUGGUGGGGCUUACGGGUUUAUAUGCAAUCCUGGGGACCAGAUGUGCUACAUGCUAGGCAAGUGCCCUGUCAAUGAAUCUUGACAGUAUUUUUUCCCACCUUAUUUUGGAGCUUGUUGAAUAAAUACUUGUUUUUGCUGCCAGUUUCUGAGAGUAAUACCUCAGAGAAAGGAGGAAGAGGAAAAAAAUUUAAAUGAUCAAUUUGAGACGUUUUAUUCAAGAAAUUAAAGGAGCAUUAUUGUAUACUGCUAAUAAUAAUUGUUGAGCACAUUUUAUUUUAGUUAUAGUCUUAUUUUAGUUGUUUAAAUAUAAGCCCUUUAUGUUGUGGUCAUUAAAGGCACUUGCCCUUCUUGAGGCUAAGCAAGAUUAGGAUCCCCAGCACUGUAUGUGGUCUCUUGUGGGCUGCUGGGUGUGGCCCCAGUGCCUCACCCCGUCUCACAACUUCUCUGUAAAAUAAGUGUUCUCAUUUCACAGGUAAUAAAAGCUACGCAUAUAUUGUGUAAUUUGGCCAAUACAGCUAUGAAGUGCCAGAGUGGGAAUUUAAACUCAGUCUAGCUCUAGAACCUUCAUACAUAACCAUGACAUUAAACUGUCUCCUUUCUAUGGUGCUAAACACUACACUGGGCAUUGGGCACAUGACCCUUUGCAUAAUAUGCAAACAUUUUCACAAUCCUGCAGUGUAGUG